AUGUCAGUUUUCCUUUCCUUUGCUUUUCUGGCAGCACUCCUUGCUCAUAUAGGCUGUACCACUCAGCGCCGGGGUCCGGAAGCCAGUGGGAGAAGAUUUAACCGGAUUCAGCAUGGGCAGUGCACCUAUACUUUCAUUCUGCCAGAACAGGACGGGAACUGUCGUGAAAGCACGACAGACCAGUACAACACUAAUGCUCUUCAGAGAGAUGCUCCUCACGUGGAACAGGAUUUCUCUUUCCAGAAACUGCAGCAUCUGGAACAUGUGAUGGAAAACUACACACAGUGGCUGCAAAAACUUGAGAGCUAUAUUGUGGAAAACAUGAAAUCGGAAAUGGUGCAGCUGCAGCAGAACGCUGUGCAGAACCACACCGCCACCAUGCUCGAGAUAGGGACCAGCCUCCUCAGCCAGACAGCAGAGCAGACAAGAAAACUCACGGAUGUUGAAACACAGGUGCUAAAUCAAACAUCCAGACUUGAAAUUCAGCUACUGGAAAAUUCACUGUCGACCUACAAGCUAGAAAAACAGCUGCUACAGCAGACAAAUGAAAUCCUGAAAAUUCAUGAGAAAAACAGUUUACUUGAGCACAAAAUUUUAGAAAUGGAAGAAAGACAUAAAGAAGAGAUGGACACUCUGAAAGAGGAAAAAGAGAAUCUACAGAGUUUGGUCACUCGGCAAAGCUACAUAAUCCAGGAACUAGAGAAGCAAUUAAACAAGGCAACAACUAAUAACAGUGUCCUGCAGAAGCAGCAGCUUGAAUUGAUGGAUACAGUUCAUACUUUAAUUACACUCUGUUCUAAGGAAGGAGUUUUACUUAAGAAUGCGAAGAAGGAGGAAGAAAAGCCUUUCAGAGACUGUGCAGAUGUAUACCAAUCUGGUUUUAACAAAAGUGGUGUCUACACUAUUUAUAUUAACAAUGUGUCAGAUCCUAAAAAGGUCUUUUGUAAUAUGGAAAUCAAUGGAGGAGGAUGGACAGUUAUACAGCACCGAGAAGAUGGGAGUCUGGAUUUCCAGAAGGGCUGGAAAGAAUACAAAAUGGGUUUUGGUAGCCCAUCAGGUGAACAUUGGCUGGGGAAUGAAUUCAUCUUUGCUAUAACAAGUCAGAGGCAAUAUUCUCUAAGAAUUGAAUUAAUGGACUGGGAAGGAAACCGAGCUUAUUCACAGUAUGACAGAUUUCACAUAGGAAAUGAAAAGCAAAAUUACAGGCUUUAUUUAAAAGGUCACAGUGGAACAGCUGGAAAACAGAGUAGCUUGAUCCUGCAUGGUGCUGAAUUCAGUACAAAAGAUGCUGAUAAUGACAACUGCAUGUGUAAAUGUGCUCUCAUGUUAACUGGAGGCUGGUGGUUCGAUGCCUGUGGCCCCUCCAAUCUCAAUGGGAUGUUCUAUGCAGCAGGACAAAACCAUGGAAAGCUCAAUGGUAUCAAGUGGCACUACUUUAAAGGCCCCAGCUAUUCCUUGCGUUCCACCACCAUGAUGAUUCGGCCCUUGGACUUUUAAAGGUUUUCAGUAGUGAAUCCAAGAACAAAUCAGAAUGCCACUGCCAUUAGCAGCACUACUAUCACAUUCUGAAGGUAAAAGUUGAAGGGCUUCAUGAAAGCAACAUACAGGCAUGCUGCAAAGACUCUUCAUUGUCAGUCAAUAGCCUUCAAAAACUCCCCUUCAGUCACCCCAUGUCUUAAUGGCUUGGGGAGGCUUGGUUUAGAAGAAAGUGUCUGCAGAUUUUUCCAGAGAAGAUUAACUGAAUCCAGUUAAUCUAACUGAAUCCAAUGUCUGUCAGUUAAUGGUGGGGUUUUUUUUGUGUGUGAGUGUGUGUGUUGUUUUUUAGUGUUGUUGUUGUUUUCCUUAAUAUAUACAUAUAAAAAUAAAACAUGCAAAAAACAUACCAGGUUAUUCAACAACAGCAUCAGAAUUUGAAGAUAUGAAACACAUCAACCAAGGUACACUAAGAAGAAUGAUUUUUAAAAGUGAAACGACAUUAUUAUGAAAAAAAAAAAUAGAAUUAUAGAGACUCCUUUAUUAAAACUCAUCUUAAAGCACUGAAGGUGACCACUCCAAAUAUUGUUUUUCUAAAAUGAACUGAAUUUGAAUAGCUGGAUGAUUUAAGUUAAUUCCAGAGUCCAAUGAUUUGUGCUAAUAUUAUUUUUUUAUUAAAUCCUUAAAGGACAUGUUUCUGUUUCUCAUUAAUAAACUGAGUCAAGUGUACGAAGAAUGAUAAGGGUAAGAAGCAUAAAUCAGUUGCUCUGUAGAGGUAAAUGAGAUAAUUGACAUAAUCUCCGAGCUAGGAUUUAUAGUGUGAUAACAAACGUAGAUGUAUUUUGGGCCUUCUCCCUUCUUUCAUUAAAGAAGGUCUGAAUGUCACAUAUGAAAACUGAUGGAAGUUUUAAAGACUGUGAAAUAUUAUACUAAAGAAAAUACAUGAUUUUGCAUGGAAUAUUUCCAUUGAAAGUACGGGGAACGCAAAUUGUUAGGUUAUAUAAAAAAUGACAUUACUUCUUGGCUUGAGUCAAUGAAUUCAUUGUACAAUAUCCUUGCAUGUGCACAAUUUAUCAUUAAUUAUUUUACUUUUAUACUAAAUUUUCAUUUUUUCACUGUAUUACUACAUUUUUGUAAGUAUCGGAAGCAUGCCAGCUCUUCUCAGUGCUUAGGCUACAACUAUAAAAAAAUAUUCAUCAGAAUUGUAUAGUAAAUAAGGAAUUGUGAACUGUAAAUAGCAUGUUUAUAUUUCCUGUGAUGGCCAUUACAUUUGUACAUGCAACCCUGGUCCGACUCAAAGAGUGGAAAGCGUCAAAAGGAUUUAAGUAUUAAAGAACUUUAGAAGGCUGUUUACAGUUUUCUACAAUCAAAACAAAAAAAAAUCUGUUGUAUUAAAAUGUUGCAGAGCUGUGUGGAAAUAAUUCAGCUAUAGAUAAGUGUAUGUCCCUAUCGUAACAUCAAAAAAGUUGUUAAGUUGCCCACAGACCCUUGUGAUUUAAUCAUGUGAAUAAACUAGAAUCUAAACUAAAUUUGGGAAAGGAGCUUAGACUCAUUCUACAUCUGCUACCUUGAUCUUGCUCCCACUGAAAUCAAAAGUAACAUUUCUAUUGAUUAAACUAGGACCAAGAUCAUGCUUGUAAACUGGAUGUGAUGAUUCUGCUUGUCUGUUUUUUGGGUAAGCUGUUUGUUUGUUGAACUGUUACUGAAAUUGGGCACAAUGAAGAUCAAAUAUCUUAGCAGAGUAACUGCUUUUAUUUCCUUAACAGUUUAUUUUAAUGGAAUGGAGAAAAAAAAAAAAAAAAAAGACUUGAAUUUUUAAAACAUCCCUUAUUAAA